AUGAAUAUUUUUGGAAAAAAGAGUCAAACCUUUAAACCAAAAAAAAACAUUCAAGAAGGUUCAAAGCAAUAUCACCUUAAACAAUAUGCAGAAGCAACUUUAGGAAGUGGUAAUCUUAAAUCAGCCGUUUCAUUACCAACUGGCGAGGAUAUUAAUGAAUGGUUAGCUGUAAAUACAACUGAUUUCUUUAAUCAAAUUAAUAUGUUAUAUGGUACAAUUACAGAAUUUUGUACAGGUACUGAUUGUCCAGUAAUGUCAGCAGGACCAAAAUAUGAAUAUCAUUGGGCAGAUGGAACAACAGUUAAAAAGGCAAUUAAGGUAUCAGCACCGGAAUAUGUUGAUUUCUUAAUGACUUGGGUUCAAUCACAAUUGGAUGAUGAGAAUAUAUUCCCAUCAAAAAUUGGAGUACCAUUCCCUAAAAACUUUCAAUCAAUUGUAAAAACAAUCUUUAAACGUUUGUUUAGAGUUUACGCUCACAUAUAUCAUUCUCAUUUCCAAAAGAUCGUUUCACUUGGUGAAGAAGCUCAUUUAAAUACAUCUCUAAAGCACUUUAUCUACUUUAUUCAAGAAUUCAAUUUAGUUGAUAAAAAAGAAUUAGGUCCAUUAAAUGAAUUAAUUGAAAGUUUAAUGAAAAAUCCAUAA